CGCUCACCCCGAGUGUGUCUUAUUUAAACCAGAGACUCGACCACAACAAAACAAACCCACCGUUACCAAAAAGAGAGAAAAAACGAAACACUGAAACGCUUCGUUUCAUUCGUUCAGUUUCUUUCACCAACCUUCCACGAUGAACCCGCGAACGACGUCGUCAUCGUCGAAGACGAAGAAGAAGCAAACGGCACCGGAGCCGCACCAGACGGCAUGGGGCGGGAGGUACCUCGGCGUGCGGCGGAGGCCGUGGGGACGGUACGCGGCGGAGAUUCGCGACCCUUCCACCAAGGAGCGGCACUGGCUGGGCACCUUCGACACCGCCGACGAGGCCGCACUCGCCUACGACCGAGCCGCACGUGCCAUGCGCGGCUCACGUGCGCGCACCAACUUCGUCUACGCCGACACCACUCCCGGCUCAUCCCUCACCCCCAUCAUCUCCCCCGACCAACAACCCCUCCCUCAACCCGACCCGGUUCUGACCCUCGACCCGUUUUCCCUCCUGGGGUUCCCCUCCGGUUCCUCCUCCUACGAUGAAAAUGCCUCCGCCAACGUGGCAGCAGCUUCCCACUUCAGCCAACCACCGUUUUUCCCAAACAAUAAUAACAUUAAUUAUUACAAUAAUAACAAUGAUAAUGAUAACAGUGGGAGCACGGUGGAGCUUCCUCCAUUGCCACCGGAUAUUACAAGUUCCAUGGGUUACGAGAUGGAACAACAGAGUGAUGGAUUUUAUUGGGACGCUAGUUCAAUGUUCGGUGCAAUGUCAACAGUGUCAGAGAAUGUUUGUGCAGAGUCUCAAGUUUUUGAGUUGGGGAGCUCCUCCUACUUCUUCUGAGACUUUAUUCUAGGAAACAAUAAUGAUGCAUGGUGUGUACUAGAAGAGUUAGUUUCGUGGGGUUUAUGUCUGUAUCCGUGUGCGUGUGUGCGCGUGUUGUUUUGUUGUUUUCUCAUUUGGGUCGUGCAAUGAGACUUUUGCGAUCGUUAAUGGGGGAAAUAGUGUUAUUUAAGACCUGGGUUUGUCUUCCAGAGUGCGUAAUGUAAAGUGUUACGUUGGGUGAGUUUGCACCUGCGACCAAAUGAUGAAUAUAACCAUCAUUUUACGUUA